UACUGUUCCUUUCCAUAAUGUAGUAUUUUGUAUUAGAGAUAGUUUUAUAUCCUGCUGAUCCUAUCCUUUAUCGAUGUAAUGUUCAUUCGGUGUAAAAUUAUUUUUCUUUACUAUUCCGUUUUCCUUACCUUUGUCUGUGGCAAUACGCUCUGCGUGAGGCUAUUAAAAAAAAAAAAAAAAAAAAAAAAAAAAAAAUAUUAAUUUUAUUCGCGAUUUUUUUACCACCCAUUGCAAUAGAUGACACUGAUGUCAACCAUGAUGAUGUGAAGUCGGCUAGAUCUGACUUAUUAAUUAUUAUCUUUGAGUUGAUUUUGAUUUGCAUACCUUUGCGCACAAUUUGCUCCUGGAUUGGACUCAGUUGAAAAUGCCUUCAGAAAAAAGUUGUUGUGUAUCAAAAUGUGGAAGCUCUCGUCAUCAGAGUGAUAUUAUUUUACAUUCUUUUCCUAAUCCUGACAAGGAUAAGUUUCGGUUCAUGGCUUGGUUUCAAGCAGCUGGCCUUGAUACGUCAUUGGAUCCUCAUUAUGUUUUCAAAUAUCGCAAAAUAUGUCACAUACAUUUUGAAACUAAAGAUUUAACAUGGACAAAGAGAUUAAGCCCUGAUGCUGUACCUAGAUUGUUAUUACCAGGUCCUAAAUUAUUAGGUAAUGAUAAUGGUGGGACCAUUCUAGCUACAACAAGCAAUCUAAAAAAUGUGCAAUUGGAUUUUUCUACUCAUUCAACCUUAGAAGUCAAAGAAGAAAUUUUAAAUCGCUGCAGAUGUUGUUUGGAUAAUGUAGAUUUACAUCUCAUGUGGGAGGAAAUUCCCAACAACGACCAAGCUAACGGUUCUUUUGGUAACAUGUUAAUAGAGUGCUUUUCAUUACCAUGGUUAUCAAAAAAUGAAGGUGAUCAGCUGGAAUAUAUUUGCAGCGCAUGUGUGGAUAGAUUACAGAGCGCUUUGGAUUUUAAGAGAGAGAUAAUUGCUUCUGAGCAGGUUCUUAAAGGUUUUUUAUUCCAAUCGGACAUACAAAUUGAAGUUGUCACAGAAGAAGAUUCAAUUGUUGCUAAAAAUGACUAUAUAGAAAAUUUGGAUAUUAAGACUGAAGUUUCAGAAGAAGAAAUAUCUGCUUUGGAUAAAGAAAAUAGUGAUAAAACAGAUCUUGAACCAACACAGAAACGAAAGUGGCCUAAAAAAAGAAGAGGUGCGGAUCGUUUAAGAGUUUACAAAAAAUAUACACAGUUGGAUUUACGAGAAGCUAUUGUGUCGGUCAGAAGUGAAAAAAUGACAUUUAAGGAGGCUUGUAAUGAAUACAAUAUUCCCCGGAACACACUCAAAAGCAAUCUAAGCAAAGCUGAUAUUAUAUCUGAAGAUCAUAAUGUUUCAUGUGAUGAUAAGAGUAAUAAGGAAAGAAACUUUAGAAUUAUUGAAGAAAUUAAAAUGAUAUUAAAGUAUACAAAUGCUAUACCAUUUAAAACAAAAACUGCAAAAUACUACUGUGCAUAUUGCUCAACCAGUGGUCCCAUGUUUCAAGAUGCAGAUGAAUUAAGAAUCCACACAAAGUUUCAUGAAAAAGAACGACUACAGGAAGUGGAUCAUUUCAUGAGACCCUAUUGGCUAAAUGAAAUUUUGAAGCUUGAUGUUUUGAAUUUAACUUGUACCAUAUGCAAUACUAAACUUCCAGACUGGAAUCAAAUGUUCCAUCAUUUUGACUCGGAACAUGGUAUUGAAUUUGACGAAGCAUACACUAAAGUUGUGCCUUAUAAUCUAUCUGAGCCAAUGCAAUGUGUGUUAUGCCAUGACGACUUCCCAAAUUUUCACAACCUCGAUGGCCAUAUGAAUGCCCAUUACAAUAACUACAUAUGCCCGACAUGUGGGGAUACUUUUGUUGCUAAAUGUCGUUUAGAGAAACAUUUACAAGUACACCAUCAAGGAGAGUUUCAAUGUGAAGAAUGUAAAAAAGUAUUCACUUUAGACAAAUAUCGUGCUAAGCAUUAUAAAUUGGUUCAUAAAAGAAAUACUAUAAGGUGUAUAUUAUGCCCAAAAGUAUUUAAUACAGUUUCUGAACAGAAUGCACACUUAGUGGAAGAACAUAAAGACAAUUCUAAUAUAUACAUUUGCGAGUACUGUGGUCGUUCAUAUACACAUAAAAAAAACUUUAUUAAACAUCUUAGUAGGAAGAAAUAUAAGUGUGAGGAUUGUGAUAAAAGAUUUAUAAGUUUUAAAAGCUUAAAAACUCACAAAGUAAUAUGUGAUAGAAAUACUUGUUAAAUAGAAAUAUGUGAUACUUGUGCUAAUGUCAUCACCAUACAAUUUUAUAUAGUAAGAAGGUGUCACAAAAUAUUGUCUCAAGGCCUAUGCUUACGUACGCUUUUAAAAUGCCAUGGGAAUAUAACACUUGGGAGAUUUGUUUUUUAAAUUGAAAUUGACUCAUAUAAUUUUAGCACAAUGCACAUUUAUUUGUUUAAUAAAUAUAUUCAUUAAGCCUUUUAAUCUUAAACAUUUUAGGCUUAUCAUUUAUUUAAUGCUAGAAUUUUUAGUUAUAAUAAGUUAAAUUAUAAGUUAAUACUGUAUAUCGAGACGCCAGCUUGGUAUCUUCCUGAAAAAAAAACAUGUUAAUAUAUAAUCCCUUUAUUUCUUAAAACUAAUUUAGUCUGAGUAUAAUUAGACUGACUCCUAAUAAUAAAACAUGCACUGAAGUUUUGAGUUAAAAUUACGUCUCAAAAUUGUUGUAACCAUAGUAAAAAACAUUGUAAGACUAUUAUAAUGUUUUAUAGUAUUGAGUUAUUAAGAGUAAGGUGGUAGGUUUGUAAAGUAUUCUAUUUUGAGGGAUUGUAUAAGUAUAAAUUGUUUUUUGUACAUUUAAAGUAAGAACUUAUGUAAAAAAUUUAUAAUUAUUUCGGUUUCUUGUUUUACAGUGAUAGAAGUAUAGACAGGACAGUCUCUGGAUUUGUGAAAUUUAUUUUCUGUUUAUGGCUUUUUGAUAGCACUAUGGAAAUUUAAGGAGCGCUUCGAAGACGUAUUUGAAAUAUUGAAUUAAUUGCUUGGCUCAAUGUUUUCGCGAGUUGUUUUUUUAUUUACAUUUUGAUGUUAAAUAAUAGUUUAUGAUGUGAUGACACUCACAGUUUUUCAAUUCCAUCGAUAUUAUUAUUUCGACUCUCUUUUAUUUCAUUAUUCUGACACCUCCUCGUCCAUUGUUUUGUCGAAUUAUAUAAAUGAGAAAUU